AUGAAGGCCGCGUUCUCAUCUUUGCCGGUUCUCAGCUGCGUUCUCACGCUGUGCUCUCAAGCAUUUGCUCUCCCCCAAUCCGCGGAUCUGGCGACUCGGGAUACUGCCGACGGAGCAUGCACAAACGGCGCUUUGACCCGAGCAUGCUGGACUGAUGGCUUCAGCAUCGCGACAGACUUCGACCAAAAGUUCCCUGCCACGGGCAAUACCGUCACUUACAACCUCGAGAUCACCAACGGCACAUGCAACCCAGAUGGCCACGGCGAGAGGAUAUGCUUCCUCAUCAAUGGUCAAUACCCUGGGCCAACCAUCCGAGCAAGCUGGGGCGACUAUCUCUCAAUUAACGUCACAAACAGUCUGCAGGACAACGGCACAUCGAUCCACUGGCACGGCGUCCGACAAUACAACAGCCCUGGCGCCGACGGUGUGAACGGUGUCAGCGAAUGCCCUCUCGCACCUGGCCAGUCUCGUACAUACGCCUUCAACGUCACACAGUUCGGUACAUCCUGGUACCAUGCGCACUACAGCUCACAAUACGGAGAUGGCACUGUCGGCACGAUGAUCUUUGAUGGUCCUGCAACCGCCAACUACGACGAGGAUCUUGGCGUCUACCCAAUCAACGAGUGGUAUUAUCAGACUGCUUUCCAGAUGAAUGCUAUUGCCAGCGCACAACUGCAGAACAAGUUGUCGGUACCACCAGCGGACAAUCUCUUGAUCAACGGUACCAACCAGGAUGCGAAUGGAAACGGCAACUACUCGCAGGUCACCAUGGAGUCUGGAAAGAAGUACAGGUUGCGACUGAUCAACAUGUCUGUUGACAACUACGUCCAAGUUUCUCUCGACAGCCAUCCAUUCGAAGUCAUCACUGCCGACUUCGUUCCAAUCCAGCCGUUCGCUGCUGAGUGGUUGAUCAUGGGCAUUGGACAGCGUUACGAUGUGAUCAUCACUGCCAACCAGAGCGCCGGUAAUUAUUGGUUCCGAAGUAACGUGUCCGAAGCUUGUCAGAGCGGCAACAAUUUCUAUGGCCGUGCCAUCUGGUCUUACUCCAGCGAGCCAGCUGAUACCCCAUACAGCACUGAGUUCACCGAGCCCACAAGCUGCACCGAGCCUGGCCCAUUGACUCCAUACUGGAGCCAAUCAGUUCCUAGCAGCGAUUUCCAGUCCCAGCUCCAGAACAUGAACGUCAACUUGACUCAGGCCGUUGUUGUUCCAAACGGCAACUCCAUCGUUGUCUGGUCCUUGAACAGCUCCAUCAACGUUGACUGGGAGAACCCAACCAUGUCUUACGUCCUGAAUGGCAACACCAGCUACCCUGAAUCUAUCAACCUGGUGCCCACUGUCGACUCAGGAUCUUGGAACUACUGGCUUAUCCAGCAGGCUGAUGGAAUCCCACCUAUUCCUCAUCCUGUCCAUCUUCACGGACAUGACUUCUUCGUCCUUGGUCAAGGCACAGGCACCUACGAUUCUAGCAACGCCACCCUCAACUUCGACAACCCCACUCGACGAGAUACGGCUACGAUUUACGCCGGAGGGUGGCUCGCUCUUGCAUUCAACUCGAACAACCCAGGCACUUGGUUGAUGCACUGCCACAUCGCAUGGCACAUUUCCGAAGGUCUCGGUAUGCAGUUCCUCGAAUCGCCCAGCAGCAUGACGAUGCCCGAUAAGACAACCUACGAUAACGAAUGCUCCGCCUGGAGCUCCUACUACCAGGAUGCAUACUACCAGAAGAUUGACUCUGGAAUCUAA